GUGCCGAAGACGCGAGAGUGGCUGGACGGAGGUAGUCAAGGAUCUCCGAUACAAUCAUGUGGGAGUUUCUGUUGUUUAUCAAUUUGAAACUACCUACGGUAAUCAAGUAGCUGUGAGUUGAUAUCAGAACCAUCGUAGGAGGCUCGCACGAAGCUUAUACGAAACGGGAUGAAUAGAGGUAGCUAGCCAUCCAAGAGCUUAACACAAUAUGGCUUCUACCCCAAGGAAGCUGUGGGAGCAUCCCAAUCCGGAGAAGACACAGAUGUAUGAGUUGAUGCAGCGCUUGAACACUAAGCAUAAUCUGGGUCUCAAGACAUUCCAAGACUUAUAUCACUACUCUACUACUAAACGAUCCGAUUUUUAUAGCGAGGUCUUUGAGUACUUAAACAUACUCUACACCGGCUCAUACAAGAGAGCUGUAGAUGAGAGUAGGCCAAUUGACACUAUCCCACCUUGGUUUGAGGGCGUAUACCUCAAUUGGGCUGAGAAUGUUUUGUGGUCUCGCGAGUCUCAGGAUCCUACCGAUCAUCAUGGUAUGAUAGGAAAAGAGAACACGAAGAUUGCCCUGACCGAGGUUCGAGAGGGCGUGACCGAAACCAGACAUGUCACAUGGGUGACACUUCGAAAGCUCGCAGCUCUCUAUGCAUCCGCACUUCACGUUGGUGGCGUAAGAAGAGGAGACCGAAUAACCGUCGUCGGUUCCAACAGUGUGGAGACUCUCGUCCUCUUCAUCGCUGCUGGAUGGUUAGGUGCUAUCUUCAGUAGCAGCUCGACCGAUAUGGGCGUCCAGGGGAUAUUACAGAGGACUGUUCAGAUCGACCCCAAGUAUAUCUUCAUGGACGAUGCAGCUCUUUACAAUGGCAAACGUGUGGACUUGCGUCAGAAAAUGGCCAACAUCGUCUCGGGAAUGGAGAACUGCACCAAUUUCUUAGGAUUAGUCUCGAUCCGGCGUUUCCGAGAUGCUUUAGAUAUAAGCAGCAUCCCAAAGACUCAAACAUUCGAAUCGUUCAUUGAUAAAGGCGACGCAACACUGGCACCGCCAAUCACUCGGAUCGCAUUCCACGAACCACUCCUUGUCUGUUAUUCUUCGGGGACAACUGGUAUUCCGAAAGCUAUAGUGCAUUCCGUAGGAGGUGCUCUUAUGAGCCUCCUUAAAGAGGGUCGUCUUCAUGAAGAGGCUCGGCCGGACAGUGUCGCGCUGCAAUAUACAACUACUGGCUGGAUUAUGUAUCUUGUGUCAGUAGCCUAUCUACUAGUCGGUGGUCGGUGCGUCUUAUACGACGGAUCCCCUUUUCAGCCGGACCUUCAAACUUUUGUCAAGUUGAUUGGCGACCAGAAAGUCACAAAAUUUGGAACUAGCCCUCGGUGGUUUUAUGAGAUCGCUAAGGCGGGAAUAUCGCCAAGACAGAUAACAGAUCUGUCGAGUUUACGGAUUGUGUCGAGCACCGGCAUGGUCCUUCCAGAGCAGACAUUUGAAUGGUUUUACGACAAGGGAUUUCCGACUAAUGUCCAACUUUUCAACAUAUCUGGUGGAACUGAUAUUGCUGGCUGUUUCGGAAUAGGGAACCCACUCUCUCCGGUUUACGUGGGUGGUACUCAAGGGCCUUCUCUUGGAGUCAAGAUAGCAUUGUACGACUCACUACUCCCUCCUGGCCCUGGAAAGGAGGUCCCAGAUGGAACGCCUGGUGAACUAGUAGCCACGGAAUCUUUCCCCAACGUGCCAAUAUACCUAUGGGGUGAUAAGACGCCGGUAGGAGUUCCUGGAUCCAAGUUCCAUUCCUCCUAUUUUGCUAGAUACGAUCACGUAUGGGCUCACGGCGACUUUUGCGUAUUUCACCCAAUCACGAAGAACCUCGCCUUCCUUGGAAGAGCUGAUGGCGUUUUGAACCCUAGUGGCGUCCGCUUCGGAUCUGCGGAAAUUUACAAUGUUCUCGAGAGGAACUUUGCUGAUCGGGUGGCUGACUCGAUUUGUGUUGGACAAAGACGACCUGAAGAUAACGAUGAGAGUGUAAUGCUAUUCUUACUCAUGCAGCCUGGCCAUAAAUUCGACUCAAAGAUUGUGAGAGAAGUAAAAGAGGCCAUCGGGAAAGAAACGACCAAGAGACACAUACCGAAAUAUGUGUUUGAGACUCCUGAAAUACCUACUACGGUAAAUCUCAAGAAGGUUGAGCUGCCAGUAAAGCAGAUUGUGUCUGGCCAAAUAAUCAAGCCAAGCGGUACACUGCUCAACCCCCAAAGUCUAGAUUACUACUACAAGUUUGCCAAGGUUGAAGAGCUGAUUGAACCUAAAGCCAAGCUAUAACGAGAGACCGUAAGCAUACCUACGCCAACUCAUCGCUAUUAUCUAAUGAAGUAAGAGACAAAUGUUGACAUGAUGUUUUUCAGCAUCCAAUGUAUUUGCAGCCUUAAGGCUUACGAUGAAGAGGCCUUAAUAGCAAAUAGCUUCGUAUUAUAAAUCAACUCAUGCAUAAAGUACCACAGGCGAUUCGAGAUGGUGUAACUAUGUACAUCUGUCUACCUACAUGGGGAUUUAAUAAGCACACAUUUCCAAGACAUGCACAUAGAUUCCAAGUUCUACAUAGUACCAGUACCUACCAGGCAAGCGAUGAUGUUAAGAUUUAGCCGCAAACCAAUUUAACUCUAGCAUCACGACUAAGG